AGUUCGACGCGGUGUUUUUGAGUUCUUGUAUUCAUGGUUUACCAGGAUGAUUUCCAAACUCACGACAUCAAGAGUAAAUAUUCCACCCAAAACGUGACGGAACUAGAACGGACGUCUGCGUAUAGAUGACCGUACGUGAAGACCUGGUCCAUCUGCCAUGAGUUCUACAGCGGAGAAGAAGUUCUCCAACCUGCGGCGUCGGCUGGACCAGCUGGGCUAUCGGCAGCCGCUGGGCGUUGAAAGCCUGCCCCUGGUGGAGAAACUGUUUGCAGACCUGGUUCAUACAACAGAGAGCCUCAAAAACCUGAAAUUGCAGAGUAGCAAAGUGUCGCAGCAGCCCAGAGAGACUGAGGAUGACACAGCAGAGCCGUAUCGCACAGAGAACGCUCGACUGGUGUCAGAGAACACCCAGGUACACCUAGAACUCAUCAACAUCAAGGAAGGAGCAGAAAAACAAGCUAAAGAUCUCAAGGCAACCAUCCGGAAACUUGAACAUGAGAAUGCUGAUCUACGCUUCCUCAACACACAGUACAUCCACAAGGUUCGUGCUGUGGAGAGAGAUAAGAAAUCCAUGAAAGACAAGAUCCAGCAGCUUCAGGAGAAAAACCUCCAGGCCGUGGUGCAGACUCCAGGUGGGAAGAAGCGGAACAUUCCGUUCCACAGACAGCGUAUGGAGAUAGACUCGCUGGUGCCCCCAGCAGACCCCCCCAGCCCCCCGCCCAGCCCCCUGGUGGAGGACCCUUACAUUGCAGACCUGCUGGAGGUGGCAGACAACAGGAUAGAGACCCUCACCAAGGACAGCCAGAGGUUACAUGAGGACAAGGAGUCAUUGGACAGAAGAAUCAAGACACUGACUCGACAGGUUGAAGUUCGGGACAAGGAGAUAGAACGACUGGGCUAUCUGCUGGAGGGAGGCCGUCCCCAGGACGUGGUGUCAAUGGAAGGCAAACUGCGGGCUAAUGAGAAACUUAUCUCACAUCUCAAUGUACAGGUGGACUAUCUCCAGCAGGCUAACCAUGACCUGGAGCGCAGGUUACAGGAUGUCCUGGAGGACCGGCGCUCGGCGGCGCGGGAACAGCUGGAGCUGACCAGCAGGAACGAGAAGCUGAUGUCGGAGCUGCAGGAUAUCGACCGUCUCGCCGGAGAACUGCAGAAACACAAGGAACAAGCCAUCACCACCGCAGACAACGAAGUCCGCAAUAUUGAGAUUGAACUGAGAAGGUCCCAACGUCAGCUGGAAACUGCAGAAACAGAAGUGGCCACAUUACGAGAAGAACGUAAGUCCCUGCUGUCAGAGAAUGAUCGGCUGGGCUCGGACCUGUCAACCAAGAUGGCGGAGUCACAGCGUCUGCACGACCUGAUGGACAAGGUGCAGGAAGACAAGAGACAUCUGUCUGACAGGGUCAACAAACUCACAAAAAAAGAAAAAGACCUGGUGCUGGAGCUGGAGAGACUGAGAGACAUGUCAGUCCGACACAAGAGAGACAAGUCUCCCUCCCGACUAGAUAACUUCAUCAAGAGUCUGGAGGAGGAGAGGGAUUAUUAUAAACAGGAGGUGGAUGUUCUACAGAACAUGUUGAAGAAAAGGUCAGGGAGCCCGGCUAAAACACCUACCUCCACCCCAACUAAAGGAAGCUCCAUCAAGGGUACUCCCACCAAAGGCACACCCACUAAGGGAACAGGGGUGGACAAAAAGACAGCUGCUCAUUAUGAGACCAUCCUGCGAGUGCUGGAAGAUGAGCGUGACUUCUACAAACGUGAGUACGAGAUGCUGCGGGCCUUACGGCGCUCACCCACCCGGGGAUCUCCACCAACCAGAGACAGGUCUGUAGAGGAUAUGACAGAGAUCAGCCGGCUGCGUCAGGAGCGGGAUGAGCUGCAGGCCAUGCUGGACAAGUUUGAGCGCCACAUGGCCGAGAUCCAGUCUAACGUCAAAGUGCUGACACAGGAGAGGGACAAGGACCAGUCUGCUGUAUCAGCAGGUGGUUAUACUAUAUCUACAGAAACUGCACUUACAGACAGAGCUCGACUAGAACAGAGAAUAGAAGACCAAGAGGGCCAGCUUUACACAGUAGAUCAGGAGCGGGCAGACCUGCAGGGGAGGGUGGCCUCCAUGAGGGACAUGAUCAACACUCUGGAGGAUCAGGUCAAGUCACUCACCAUGAAGGUCGCAUCCACUGAAGAGGAGGCUUCACAACAGAAGGCCACCGCCACACAAAUGAGGCUGUUAGCAGAGCAGACUGAAGCCUCGCUGGAAGACUGUCAGCGGCGCCUCACCAGGAAGGUGGGAGAACUGCAGCAGGCUGAGGAGAGAGGCCACACCCAGGCUGAGAGAAUCGAUGACCUGACCCGUGUGAGUACUAACCUGAAGGAUGAGGUAGCCCAGCUGAGAGGCGCGGUGAGUUCUCUGGACAGGGAGAAGGACGGCCUACAGAUGAACGUGGAUGAGAAGACUGAGAGGGUGGUCGGCCUGGAGGAGAAUGUUGCCAAUAAGGAGAAAUUGAUUUCUGAACUUAGGUUGAAUGUUGGAGAACUAGAAACAAGACUAGACCGUGCCAAUGAUACCGUCAGUAACAAAGAGAGAGAAAUCCGCAGUCUUCGUCGGCAGCUAGACGGGACGAGUGAGGAGCUCGGUGAGGUUGGUCGGGGUCGGGAGGUGGCCCUGAGGGAGAACAGGAGACUUCAGGAGGACCUGGGGACCAUGACUAAGGAGAACCAGGCUGUACAUCAGGACCUGGAGGAGACUAUGUCAGACAGAGAACGUCUGAAACAACAGGUGCAGGACUACAUCGCAGAGGUGUCCAGGUGUGAGGACCUCUUGGCAGCUAAGGACCGUGAAAUAGCAGACCUGUUGGACAAUUAUCGUAAGGCCAGCUCGCAGGCAGAGCGGUGGGAGAUGGAGGCCCACCAGCACCAGGGAGAGUCCAGCAACACCAAACUGGAGCUGAUGUCUCGAGAGUCGGAGGUGCGAAGGCUGAGGGAGAAGGCAGACAGUCAGGAGAGGGAGAUACAGGAGCACCUGGCAGCCCAGCAGGCGUACGAGCUGCAGGUGUCCAACCUGACAGUGUCACUGCAGAACCUGGAGGAGGACCUGCGGCAGGUGGAGGAGGAGAAAGGUGCCCUCAGCACUGACCUGUCGUCUGUCCGCGACCUGUGUGUCAAACUGGACACUACAAAGGAAGGCUUGUCUCGACAGCUCACACAGAAGAGUGUGGACUCAGAACAGGCCAAAACAGCAUUAGAAGAGCUCCGGAGAGAAGCGGACUUGCUUCGUAGCCAAGUGUCGAGCGAACGCGCGUCCGUGCGUAACUUGGAGGGUCUGUUGUCGACCAAUCGCGAGCGGGAGUUUGCCUCGCAGCUGACUGAGCAGGAGCAGCGCUCGGAGAUCCAACUGUUGAAAGACCGACUGACACUGGCAGAGAGCAAGACUCAGAGCCAGCAGCGUGAGAUCACCACCCUGCGUACACGAGCCGCACAGCUGGAGUCAGACCUGGAGAGAACAAAGAGGAAUCUCACAGCAGAGAGGUUUGAGAAGGAACGAGCAUAUCAAGAGCUGAGGCGGCGUGGUUUCUCCCCAUCCCGGAUCUCCCCACCAACAGACACCUCCGGUCACUACUCACGCUCUCCCUACAGACGGUCAACCAGUCCCCGCAGGUCCAGCCCCCCCAGGAGCAUUCUCAAGUCUCCUGACAGAUCCAGACCUCGCUCCCCUGACAGAUCGGUCACACGGUCCCCCCUUACUCUCAGCUUUGGAGACCCCAACGACAGGUCAGGAGCCAUCUCACCACUAGCCACAGACAGAGAGAUGGAGGGGGCAGACUACCAGUUAGAGGGGGAGGAAGGGCAGGACCGGGAUCGGAGAGGAUCAUCUGGGUCAGAGACGUAGAGUGGACUUUCUGCAGUAAAAACGUUGCAACAGUGAACUCAGUCUGUCAGUCCAACUGAGACCAGUGACUAGCAAGAACUGUUAGUCUGACUGCUACUUCAACUUUUCUCAAGACGUUUUCUAGUCAUUAUGCAGCAAGUUUAAACUGUAAUUUUCCAAAAAUUG